AUGGAAUAUGCUGGUGGCGGCGAGCUGUACACCUAUGUUCAUUCGAAAGGAAAACUCACGGAAGAAGACUGCAAACCGCUCUUCGCGCAGCAUUCGAAGAAUAUUGUUCAUCGUGAUAUCAAAUCAGAAAAUGUGAUAUUUUCAAAACCCGGAUGGAUUAAAUUAGCCGAUUUUGGCUUUUCGUGCCAAGUGUACCCGAAUGAUAAACUGUCGACAUUUUGUGGCUCACCACCCUAUGCCGCUCCGGAACUUUUCAAAGGCGAGGAGUACGCCGGUUUGAAUGUUGACGUAUGGGCACUUGGUGUGUUGCUCUAUUUUAUGCUUGUCGGUACAACGCCGUUUCGCGGGGAAACAAUCAACGACUUAAAGCAGUGUGUUUUACGCGGUAUUUACGUAGUACCCGAUUAUAUUUCAACGUUUGCGCAUCACGCCAUCGGGCGCAUGCUUGUUGUUGACCCAAAAAAGCGAGGCACUAUUGAGGACGUGAAAAAAGUCUACUUCCUCAGGGAAAGCAAGUUCACAAAACCGUACGCACAGUGCAGUACAGUACCAGAUGAAAACGAGCUGCAGGAGAAUCCGAUUGCUCGGAGAGUCUGGGAUAAGCUACAUUUGUACGGGAUAGACGAGAAAGCAAUUAAGGAUGCGGCACCAAAGGGAGCGCGUAAUGCAAUUAUUGGUACUUAUCGCAUCGUGCUGCACCAGUCGCAACAGGAAUACGAUGAGCGCGAGAGAAACAGGAUCCAGGAUCAUCAGAUGAUGAUGAAAGCUCGGAGAUCACCGCCAAAGAUCGUAAACCGGAGUAAAACAUGUUCAUGCUUAUAG